UGUAGUGGCAGGGUUUCUACGCACGGUUUAAAUCCUUUUGGAUAAUUGAGGAACCCGCUAGGAAUGGCUUGGUUUGUCGUGACGGCGCAUUAUUUCUAAUGCGCCUUUCGGAGGCCAAAUUUUGCAUGAUUAAACUGGAUGAUGGAGCUUUACAUUCUCAUAAUUUGAAGGCAGCUCGUAGCUGUUUGCAGUAGGGAAGCUUUUGUAAGGUUUUGGAUAUUCCCAUGGGUUUUGUUCCCAUGAAAACUUUCACAUGCCAGACAGAUGUAUUUGAACAAUAGUUCACCAAAUCUUUCAAGUUGAUGCCACUUGUCUUGGUCAGGGGAAUCGCGUGUACAUGCAUGCCCAUAGGCCUAAGGGCAAUGUAAAAAGCUGGAGUAGUGAUGGGGCCCAGGCCUUGCCUCACAACUGUGUGGGAAGUCAUGCUGCUGAAAGUCUUGUGUUCUCUUUGCUGUUAAGCAUAAGAAAAGCUAAUUCAAAGGUAUAUUGUGUGUAUGCUGUUAAACUUUAAACAUUAAUGCCUGGUGUCCCAGGUUCACAGAACUAUACAGUGACACCACAUGUUGCCAGUGGGGCAAGAGGGGCAUAGGCUGUAGAUGACAUGAAGAUCACCAACUUGUUAGUGAUCAGCUUGUAAACUUUGUUAGUGGUUGCUGAGUUACUGGGCUUUGGUGGAUAUAAGUUACAAAACUGGGGAGAGUAAAACUGAUUAGAAGCUGUAAGCUUUUGAUAGCAAGGUAUAAAUACAUUACAAAACUAAGCAGGCAUAUGGGGGGGUGAUUGUCUUGGAACAUAUUAAUAAGCAUGAUUAACUAUAACUAGGCAGAAUUAUAAUCAAGCAAUAAAUCAUUCAAUGUAAAAGAACAACUAGACCUUGAACAUCACUACAACUUCAUGGAUUCUGUGUUCCCUACCUGUUUUGAUGCUGAGAACUAAGGCAUGUUGUAGUUAAAACACUGGGCUUUAAUUGUUUUUAUAGCAGUUUGCUCUUUAUGUGCUUGAAUAUUUCAUGAAAAUUUUAGGUUUGACAUGUGCCAUGUUGAAGAUGGAUGCCAGGCCUGCACUGUACUUAUGCAGAGUGAUAUUAGCAAGCACUGUGUGUGUAGUCAGGCUAGGGCCCAAGUGUGUGAGCAUAGCUCUCUCUUUUGUUCUUCACCAAAUGGACUUGAAAUACUUUAGAAACUGGACCAUCUUCUAAUUGUAGGAACUAGUUACUAGCAGAUGUUUGGCUAUUCAUUGACACUCCAUUUCCAGCCAGGCUACUUUUUAAUCAUUGCAAGGCAUUUACUGGGACUUAUCCAAGUUAAACCAAUAUAUUCAUGCACAAGGCCCAUGGUCAAUUUGUAACCUACCUGAAAGGCAUAUAAUGCCUGAUAUCAUUAUUGAAUCAAUUUGAUUGAAAAAUGGUUGUCUGUGUGUUCAAAUGAAAAAAUGUUCCUAGUGACAUUCUUUGGUAAAACCAGGCACCAUUAGCUUGCACUUUCACAAACUUAACAGUUGUUGCUAUUGGCUUUCAAUAUAGCUGACACAUACCUAUUGUACAGAUACUCAUGAGUGCACAUGCAUCAAGCCACUGUGCAGCCACUGUACAGAAGGCAGCAAUUUAUGUCUUAUCAACAGUUUUAUCAUGAUGGAUGUCUCAUGUCCAAGUAGUUAAACAGAUUACCAGGCAUGCACAUUUACAGAUUUCACAUUUCUCCCCAGUAAUGGCUUUUUCAAGGUGGCGGGCAGUGGUGCUGUCUGUGGUAUCGGGCCUGGCAGUGGUCUUGUUGACGGCUGUCGCCGGCCAGCUGUACCUGCGGCGGCGGCGCCGGAGCCCGCCCCGCCUGCUGCGGCACCCCGCCACCAGGCACCGGCUGCGGCUUAUCGAGCGGCGAGAGCUGAGUCCGGACACGCGCUGCCUCCGAUUCGCACUGCCAACGGCCGAGCACGUGCUGGGCCUGCAGGUGGGCCAGCACGUGUACCUGUCGGCGCGCGUCGGCGACGAGCUGGUGGUGCGGCCGUACACGCCCGUCUCGAGCGAAGACGACCGCGGCUUCGUCGAGCUCGUGGUCAAGGUGUACUUCGGCGGCCGGCGGCCGGAGUUCCCGGCCGGCGGCAGGAUGUCGCAGCAUCUGGAGCGUCUGGCGCUGGGCGACACGGUGGACGUGCAGGGCCCUGCUGGCCUGCUCACGUACGCGGCGCCCGGUCAGUUCCACAUCCGGCCCGAUCGGCGCUCGCCGGCCGUCACCGUGCGGGCCUCGCGGCUCGGGUUGAUCGCCGGUGGUACGGGCAUCACGCCCAUGCUGCAGCUGAUCCGCCGUGUGCUCGGGGACCCGGCGGACGCCAGCCGCGUCUGGCUGCUGUUCGCCAACCAGACGGAGGCGGACAUCCUGCUGCGUGACGAGCUGGACCGGCUGGCGGCGGCGCGGCCGGAUCGGCUGCGCGUCUGGUACACGCUGGACCGGCCGCCCGCCGGCUGGCGCUACAGCAGCGGCUUCGUGACGGCCGAGAUGCUGGCCGCGCACCUGCCGCCGCCCGGCGACGAGACGCUCGUGCUCAUGUGCGGCCCGCCAGCCAUGAUCAGCCUUGCCUGUAAGCCCAGCCUGGACAAGCUGGGCUACCCGGCUUGCGCUCGGUUCGCCUACUGAAGCGAGGCUGACCUGCGGGUGGCGACGCUGCGCGGGCCACCGAGCCCUUACCGACCGCCGGCCGCGGCCACCCGGUGUUCGGCGUCGGAUGAGGAUGAGCUGCAGCCAGUGGACGGCCCAGUAGACGCCGGUUUGCCUGGCUCGGAGCUCGUUGGCUGUUCUUCUGUGAUGUGCAGACGCGCUGUGAUCGACUUGCGAAGUCUUGUUGCUAGAAUCCCGGAAUCAGGAAAUAGUUCUUGACAUGCCGGGAUGUCUGAAUCAUUUUUUGCCGUUUUGUUAUCGCAUUUUUGCCCUUGGAUGCAGCCAUUUCGUGACUUCGCGGCCUCGUUUUCUCUCGGCCUACAGGGCUAGCCGCAGCGGAAUGAGAUCAACGCUCUCUGGUGGUGCUAAAUGAUCCUCACUUGCGCCAUGUGCGUCACUUCAUUUGCUGUACUGUGCUGAACGCAAGCAGCCAUAGUUUUUGGUUUUGUUUUUGCCCUAGGGUAGAACUAAGGAUCACUUGACCAUUUGCGCCACCAGAUGUCACUCGAGUCCUCCAAGCGCCGUCCUUAAACUAGUGGUUCUGGCUCACGGACACGUUUAAAUGUGGACAUCAGGUAGACCAUGCUCGGCAUCAUUGGACGGCACCAUGACAGUCGGCAUGGGCGCGGGUGGACAUGUGAAUGUUAUUGGCAGAUGAUGUAAUGAAUCUGGGUCUUCAGAAUGCAAGCAGGUGCUCAGCGGCAUUCAAACAAGUUGAGAUUAAGUAUAAGAACUAUAAAAGUUGAAAGAAGUAUAAGAGCUCUCUUAGAAUGACCGAAUGCUUGGAACGGGCAACUGAAUCUGUCUUGCCAUGAGUUGUAUGAAUACAUGAA